GCUGAAUAACUAGCCAACUAAGUCCAACUGAAACGACAUCGUGUCGAAACCUAAAAUCGGGAAAGAGUGCUUGAAAAUUGAAGAUUACUCGGAGUAACGGUUUCUUAGACAAAAGCCACUGAAAAAUCUAGCAAAAAAAGCUUUACCAUGAGCUUAUGUUUUUGUUCUCUGAUUCGUCCUUCGCCUUCAAUUUACGAGUCCAAUUUUCGACGGAAUUUGAGCCUCAACCACUUAAUCCCCCCUCUCAGUUUCUCUGUUUACGGCAAUAACAGGAAUUGUUUUGCGAGAGUUGUUCAACAAGGAUUCGAAGUCGAUAACAUUUCUUUGCACAGCCCGAUAAUCGAGGCAGAGGAAGAAAAGGAAGUGGUUCAUGAACUCGUUAAUGGAGUCGUCGGCGUUGACUUGGAGGAAAAUACACCGAAACCGGUAAGGGUUAGGAAGGCGAGAGAUGAUGAUGGUGACGGUGAAAGCUUUGAGGAUAGAUUCAAGUUACGAAACGGGAAGGAGGUUUUUGAAGAGAAAGCCUAUUUAGUGGGCUUGGAGCGUAAAGGCGAAACUUUGGAUUCGUUUGGCAUCGAGGAGUCGCUUAAGGAGCUGGCUCAGCUGGCCGACACUGCAGGGCUUAUGGUCGUUGGUUCAACUUAUCAAAAAUUAGCUUCUCCCAACCCGAGGACAUACAUAGGAUCAGGAAAAGUUGCAGAAAUUAAGAGUGCAAUUAGUGCUUUUGGGGUUGAGACUGUAAUUUUUGAUGAUGAGCUCUCACCUGGGCAAUUGCGCAAUUUGGAAAAGGCUUUUGGUGGGGAUGUUAGAGUUUGUGAUAGGACUGCUUUAAUCCUGGAUAUCUUCAAUCAGCGAGCAGCAACACAUGAAGCAGCUUUACAGGUUGCAUUGGCACAAAGGGAAUACCAAUUGCCACGUCUUACUAAAAUGUGGACCCACCUUGAGCGUCAAGCUGGAGGCCAGGUGAAGGGUAUGGGUGAGAAACAAAUUGAAGUGGACAAGCGUAUCUUACGUACUCAAAUUGGAGUUCUCAAAAAAGAGCUUGAAUCUGUCAGAAAACAUCGAAAGCAAUACAGAAACCAUCGAUUUUCUGUUCCUGUUCCUGUUGUAUCUUUGGUUGGGUACACGAAUGCUGGCAAGAGUACACUUUUAAAUCAAUUGACCGGAGCUAAUGUUCUUUCUGAGGACCGACUCUUUGCAACCCUUGAUCCAACAACAAGAAGAGUUCAGAUGAAAAAUGGAAGUGAAUUUCUUCUCACAGACACUGUUGGUUUCAUCCAAAAGUUGCCAACAACCUUGGUUGCUGCAUUCAGAGCAACAUUGGAGGAGAUCUCAGAGUCUUCUCUUUUAGUGCAUGUGGUGGACAUCAGUCAUCCCCUAGCAGAGGAGCAGAUAGAUGCUGUGGAAAAAGUUCUUUCAGAACUAGAUGUGUCUGCAAUUACAAAGUUAAUGGCCUGGAACAAGGUCGAUAGGGUUAGUGAUCCGCAAAAAAUCAAGUUGGAAGCAGAGAGAAGAGAAGAUGUUGUUUGUAUAUCUGCUUUGACUGGUGAGGGCUUACAGGAAUUCUGCAAUGCUGUGCAGGAAAAGUUGAAGGAUUCUAUGGUUCAAGUGGAAGCCUUAGUUCCCUUUGACAAAGGGGAGCUUCUCAGUGCCAUACAUCAGUUUGGAAUGGUGGAGAAAACUGAAUAUACUGACAAUGGGACAUUGGUCAAGGCAUUUGUCCCUCUUCGUUUCGCAAGGCUGCUUACCCCAAUGAGGCAGUUCUGUAAAUCAUAACUUCAACUUUCUCGAAUAUAUCAUGACCUUUUUAAUACUUCCUGCCGGUAAAUGAUUCAUCGACAUGUAUUAAUUGACCAAAAAGCAAUUAACUUAAACGAGUUUUUAAGGGGCAAAAAAAUAGGGAGAGAGCAGUGAUUGCUUAGUAAAGCAUUGCCCAAAGACCAGUGUAUAUAGAGUACAAAGGUAUGUAUUUUUGUAUCCUUGAAGAUGAAACAGACCUUGACAGCCAAAAAAUUCUACUACUUUUCCAGAAAACAAUUUCAAAUUUCUGUGUAAAUUUGAGAUGCCCGAUUGCUAGCACUAAAACCACUAGAGUAAUUAGAUUGUUAAUGAACCGUGAAACAGGCCUUGAUUGUUCAAUGUUUCUCGUUGAAUUCAUUGAUACCGCCUACCAGGUCUCUUAGUUGAUACACCUUUGCGAUGUUUGUUUCUAGACGACUAUCGGGUGUUGUGUUCAAAUCUCAUUUAAAUUGAAAAGAGAUUGGGUUUUGGAAAGGAGCAAUUGAUUUGAUCCUAGCUAUAAGCUAUGAAGGCAAAAAACCGGAAGCACUGCCUCCACUCAGCUUUUUGUCGCUUACAAUUCGAGUGACAAAAAGAAGCGUCAAGACAAGUUGACGCGGUCGUGGCUAUCUAAAGCAGGU